AUGGGCAAGAAGAACUUCCGCGGAAAGAACCGACGAGGAGGCGGCGGCGGCCGAGGCGGUGGCCAGUCUCGCGGUUCCUUCAGGGACUAUCCUGUUGUCCCUAAGGAAAACGAGAAGCUGCAGCGCUUUUAUGACACCCUCCUAGCGUUGCCCGAGGAAGAAAAGACGGCCUACUGGGACGCCUUGAAGCGCGAGCUUCCGAACAGCUUCCGGUUCUGCGGCUCCAAGGGCCAUGCGCUCAGGGUCAAGAGACUCCUCAAGGACAGAUACAUCCCCAAAAUCGUCAAGAUCGAACACCAAGAUGGCAGCCCCGUCGCGCCACCUCUGGCCCUUCCUUGGUACCCCGAUGAGCUCGCUUGGUGGAUGACGACCCCGAAGAACGUCAUCCGCAAGUUCCCUCCUUUCGCCGCCUUCCAGAAGUUCCUGGUCUCCGAGACGAGCGUCGGAAACAUUAGUCGCCAGGAAGUCGUCAGCAUGAUUCCUCCUCUGCUGAUGGAUCUUCGCCCUGGCAUGACUGUCCUGGACAUGUGCGCUGCUCCUGGAAGCAAGGCUGCGCAGCUCCUGGAGAUGAUCCACGUGGGCGAGGAAGCGCGAGUCCGCAAGACCCUGCGCGCCUUUGCGGAGGAGGAUGGCCUCGACCUCGGCAGGGAGACACAGGACGAAAUUGACGCAGAUCUCGAAGCCGACCCGACCGACGCCGGACGAGCAACUGGCCUGCUCAUCGCCAACGACUCCGACUACAAGCGAGGUCACAUGUUGGUCCAUCAACUGAAGCGACUCUCGUCCCCCAACCUCAUCGUCACCAACCAUGACGCCACCCAGUUCCCCUCAAUCAAGCUUCCUUCCGACCCCAACUCCACCAAGGCGAAGUACCUGAAGUUCGACCGAAUCCUGGCGGAUGUGCCCUGCUCUGGUGACGGAACUAUCCGAAAGAAUGCAAACCUUUGGAAGGACUGGCAGCCGGGUAGUGCGCUUGGCCUGCACACCACCCAGAUCCGAAUUCUGGUGCGAGCUCUCCAGCUGCUCAAGGUUGGUGGUCGAGUCGUCUUUUCCACCUGCAGCAUGAACCCUGUCGAGAACGAAGCAGUCAUCGUGUCCGCCAUUGAGCGCUGCGGCGGCCCCGACAAUGUCGAAAUCGUUGACUGCAGCAACGAAUUGGUCGCCUUGAAGCGAUACCCUGGUAUGAAGUCGUGGAACAUCAUGGACAAGUCUGCCAAGAUCUGGAACUCAUGGAAGGAGGUUGAGGAUUUCGCCAACGAGCACACCGAGGGAGUGCCUCCUGGAAGAGUUGUAGAGACUAUGUUCCCCAGGCUCGAGGGUGCUGAGUGCGCUGACCUGCCCCUGGAGCGUUGCAUGCGAGUCUACCCCCACAUGCAAGAUACUGGUGCCUUUUUCAUCACUGUGCUCCAGAAGAAGACCGAUUUCAAGGCGAAGAACGAGAAGGAGCGUAAGCCCGCUUCUGCCAAGGCCAACUCCGAAGAGGAGGCACCGUCUGCGGAGAAGUCCGAGACAGAGACCGCCGAAAAGCCCGAGACAGAGGCCGAGGCCACUCCUGCUGCCGCCGAGACUAAGGAGGAGGAUGUCACUAUGGCUGAGGAACCUACCAACGGUAAUAAGAGGCCUUUGGAGGAAGAGAGCGAGGAGCAGCCUGCGAAGAAGGCUAAGACCGAGUCCGAGCCUACGGCCGCGGAGCCUGCUGCUGCGGAGCCUACUACUGUAGAUCCUGCUACCGCGACUCCCGUUGCUGAGCCUAAGCAGGACGGUGGCAAGCCCCGGCGAAACGGUCUCGUUGAGGAGCCCUUCAAGUACCUCUCACCCUCUCACCCCAUCAUCCAGAACAUCAAGGAGUUCUACCAUAUCUCGACCCGAUUCCCCGAUGAUCGAUACAUGGUCCGCAACGAGAUGGGCGAGCCUGCCAAGGCCAUCUACUACACUAGCGCCCUUCUGCGCGAUAUCCUCAGAGAGAACGAGGGCCGGGGCAUCAAGUUCAUCCACGGCGGCGUCCGUAUGUACAUGAAGCAGGAUGCCCCCUCCGCCGAGGUUUGCCGCUGGCGCAUCCAGUCCGAGGGUAUGCCGAUCCUCCAGGGUUACGUUGGCGAGCCCCGCGUCAUCCACCUCCGUAACAAGGAGACUUUCCAUAAGCUCCUCAUCGAGAUGUUCCCUCGCAUCUCCGGAGACGACUGGGAGCGUUUUGACGAGAUUGGCGAGCGCGUCCGCGAUAUCGGCAUGGGCUGUACGGUCCUGCGGAUUGAACCUGACGGCACCGAUCCGGACUUCAACGAGCCUAUGGCCCUGCCUCUUUGGAAGAGCAUUCACUCGCUCAACCUCAUGCUUCCCAAGGAGGACCGUGCCGCCAUGUUGCUGCGUAUCUUUAAUGACACCUCCCCCCUCAUUAACAUCAGCCUGAACAAGCAGAUGAACCAGGAGAAGACUGCUGAGGACGAGGAGGCCAAGGGCGCCGAUGCCGAUGUGGAGGCCAACGGAACCAACGAGACUGAGGUGAAGGCCGAGGAAAAGGUCGAGGAAACGGUCGGGGUGAAGGUUGAAGAAAAUCCUGCGGAAAAUGCAUGA